CCCCCAUUUCUUUCUUGAUUUACUUCCACGGAAGUUUCUCCCAGAGAUAACACCAUCCUCUGCUUCUUCUUCUGAUCUAUUUGAAAAGCAAAGAAAAACAAAAAAGGGAUAACACAGAUAAUACAGCCUCAAAAGAAACGGAAGAUUUAUUUUAUGCUAUCUGAGGAAAGGAUGAAGGGUUCAUUUUUCUUUCUGAUUUUCUUAACUCUGUUGGUGGCUUAUGUUCAAUUUCAAGCUGAUGCUGCUAUCCCUGCUGGGCCCCUGAUAAAACAUGUUUCAUCCGUCCUCAAAUGGACCAGUUCUUAUUCAUGCACCAUCUUUGAGUUGAACAAAACAUGAGAGGGGAAAAGGAAAGAAAGAAUGAACAAGGAUGUUGUAACAUGUUUGUGUAUGCGUAGCUGUACACGUUGCUUCUUUUGUUUUCGAUGUGAGAGAUGGGAAUGUGCUUCAGUUUGAAGAUGGCUACUUAGUAGAAACUGUUGUACAGGGGAACGAGCUUGGGGUCAUGCCUUACAAAAUCCGCGUGUCACAAGAAGGCGAACUGUUUGCUGUGGAUGCAGAUAAGAGCAACAUUGUUCGGAUAACUCCCCCAUUAUCCCAAUAUAGCAGGGCAAGAUUGGUUGCAGGGUCAUUUCAAGGUUACACAGGGCAUGUGGAUGGAAAACCAAGUGAUGCUCGGUUUAAUCAUCCAAGAGGAAUCACCAUGGAUGAUAAAGGAAAUGUAUAUGUUGCUGAUACAGCAAACCUUGCCAUUAGAAAGAUAGGAGAAUCUGGUGUAACGACAAUCGCUGGAGGAAAAUCAAAUGUUGCAGGAUUCAGGGAUGGGCCAAGUGAAGAUGCGAAGUUCUCAUCUGAUUUUGAUGUGAUAUAUGUUCACUCAACCUGUUCAUUACUGGUUGUUGACAGAGGAAAUGCUGCCCUUCGACAAAUAUCUCUUGACCGAGAAGAUUGUGAUUAUCAGUACAGCUCUGUUUCAGCUACAGAUAUUUUGAUGGUUAUUGGUGCAGUCUUGAUUGGAUACAUUUCAUGCAUGCUCCAACAGGGGUUUGGUUCAUCCUCCUCCUCCAGAAUGCAAGCAAAUACGGGGUUUGAAACUCAUGCAGACCAACAAAAGAGAGAAAAAUCUGCCCCUGCGGUGGAACUUGUGAAAGAGAACCAGGAAGCUGCUUGGCCAUCUUUUGGACAGCUCAUUGGAGAUCUACCAAAGAUUGCAUUCGAGGCAUUUAGUGGCAUCUUAACGUACCUCAUGCCCUUCAGGUUUAGGCGCCGCAGUGCUAGAAAGGGCCUCACUCCAUUGAAGGAUUCUUUGAUCAUGCCUGAAGAUGAAGCUGAGCCCCAGCCCCAGUUAGUUCAAAAGCAGAGAACUCUUGCCCCUGUGUCAGAAACCAGGCAGGCUUACACACCAAAUGUUAGUGAUAGAUAUUCAGAAGUGAAGCCUCCUAAGAUCCGAUCGAGCAGCAUGAAAGAUCCGUCAUUGCCAACCAAGCACAGAUCCUCUAGACGACAAGAAUAUGCUGAAUAUUAUGCAUCAGGCGAGGUUCCUCCUCAAGUUCAAGUGAGGUCUAAAGGUCAGAAGGAAAGAACAAAACAUCGACAAAGGGAUAAAAGUGGAGAGGUUUUUGGAUCAAGCGGGGUGGAAUAUUCAAAACCUGUUGAAAGCAAGGCAGUCAACUAUGGUGAUCCCAAGUACGGUCCUUACAGCAUGAGGAGCAAUUAUGGGGAUACAUUUCGUUUUGGGUAGGUUGCUUGCUAAAGUGUCUCAGUCCUUGUAGUUUAGAACUACUACUACCGUCUCUAAUUGGUCAAGCAAUUAUGUAUUGGUGUUGGAAUGUCUAUAGUUCCGCCUGCCCUUCAACUUCUUAGAGAAACAAAGAAAACAAAGGUUUUUUUGAGCGUUUCUUGAGCCUGUUUGGCUUUUGUCCCUUGCGUAGCAUGAUUCUAUCUUGGGAGCCAACAAAAGACAAGGAUGAAUGGUGGCAGAACGUUCACCGCACCAAAGUAUAGAAAGAAAAUUGCAUGUAAGGACUUGGUUUUGUAAAUCGUCGGAAAGGGACUCAAAAGUGUUGUUGAAAAAUGAAG